AAAGGGGAGCACUCGGGCUGUUCUAAACUUAGAGUAACCUGAAGCAAGCCAUGAGGUAUCCCCUGGUUCCCCUGGUGAACGAGCUGACCUUUCCUCUGCUUUUCUUCUGGUUCUGCUUGCCCUUUGUCAUGCUGCUGAUCAUCGCCAUUAUCUGGCUACAGCUGCUGCUUAAUGAAGCACAGAUGCCCAGCACAGAAAAGACUGAGAAAGAAUCUCCUGAUGAGCCUGAAUCUGACUCUGAAGAUGAACUAACAGAGGAAGAAAACCAGAGUGAUGCAUCCAGUACAGAGAUGCAAGAGGAGUCACAAUCCAGUGGAGCUGUGGGAAGACUGAGGCCCAAGCCUGCUUAUCUGAGCUCAAAUCCUAAAAGCCAGAAUCUUCUUGCUGCGACCUCCAACAGCUGGUCCCAGAGGCAGAGGAUAAGAUAUUCCCGUGCUGAAAAUGCUGAAAAGAGCAUUUUCUACAACAUCCUGAUGAAGGGGCUCACAAGGGAAAGCUGCUCAGUGUCUCCACUGUCACUAUUCUCACUCCUGUCUCCUCAGUUACAUUGCUGGGAAUUUUGAAUUGCAGCAGCUGAGCUGCUGUGCUCCUUUCUUUCUUCUCUCACCUGGAAUUUUGUCUGCCUGCUGCUCCAGACCUUUAACAUCCUGAGGACUCUGCUGCUGCCAUCCUACCUGGUUACCUACGUGGCUCAGCUGUCCACUUUGCUGGGUGAGAGAGCUGGCAAAAUCCUGGGCUCCCUGAGCCUGGAGAGCAGAGGAUUGCUGCUUUCAGUCCUGGGGAGGAAACCGCAGCUGAGCCAGGCCCAGAGAACCACCUCAGGGUGAAAACAAGCAGGGAGUCCCAUGGCAAUCCAGCAUUGGUGACAGCCACUGCAGUGUGACAGAGGGAGGGGAAUUCUCUGAAAGAGAAACCCACUCCACACUAAGCACCAACUCAGCUCACCACAGCUGCUUUCAGAGUGUUGACUGCCUGAAUGUGAAAUGGAUGACAGCUGCCAAUUUCUUGAGGGAUAAGCUCCUUUUUUUACAAGGACCAAGCACUCCAACAGUUGUAGUUUCUGCUAACCAACACUAAUCUUUGAUUUCAAAUAAAUAAGAUCAAGGCAAUCUCUCUCUGUAGUAGUUUUUACUGGAUUUUAAAUGCAAUACAGCCAUAGGAUUAUUAUACUCAUAGUUCAAUUAACACUUUUCUCAUCUGCAUCUUGUCAGGUCUCAAAGUAGGAAACAGCUUUUCAACACCCAGGUCUGUGAAAUGAAGCAGACCUACCUCCAAUUAACAAGAAUUAAUUAAGCCCUCAGCAGAUCCUGAGCAUGCCUGUCCCUGAUUUCCGUUCGGGCUUUGUUUUCCAGCACAGCUGGCAGGCUGAUGUAAGGUAGAUUACAGCCUAGAGAGGCACUCACAGCAGCUCGAUUUAACCAGUUUUGGAACCACGAGGAGGGCGAGGAGCCUGUGAUGAACCAUCUUUUUGUAGCCUAAGGGUUUAUCGAGGUGCUGGGUUUGAACAGAACAGCUGUGUGCUCUUGUGUUGAUGCACGCGUCCAACACGCUCUUUUGUUUUCAAGAGGAUCUGAAUGACAAAGUAAUGCAAUGAGCGCGCUGCCGCUUGUGGGAAUCCUUGUUUCUGUGCCCGUGUGCGGUGCCUGUCUCUCCAGAGCCUUACAGGGGCACACUGUGCAAAACCAGCCCGCAAAAAUGAUGAAACCUGCCCUCCUUGUGUUUGCUUUCCCCACCCCAUCCCCUCAGCCCCGCGUGGCCAAAUAUUUAUCCACGCUCUUAUAAAUAAAACUUGUUUGCCCGCA